AUGGGUCGAGCAAAUUGUCCUUUAUUUGCGGAGCAUAUCAUUCUCACUGCAGAGCACUUGUCUCACAGUCUCCCUGCCUUCUUGAGGGAUGAUUUGGGGCAGCAAUGGGGAAUUCCCCCUGAACACCGCUCUCCUGCUUCUGUUUCCGACAUCAUCCUGCCUCCCUCUAACACUAAAGCACCAGCUGUGCCCCCUAGGGCACUUCAAAGGAAUCGGGAGAUGGAAAGCCUUAAGGCUGACGCUUCCUCAUUUUUUUCAUCUCCUCGUUCCACUCGUUCAAGAGACUCGGAUAAAGAGCUCUUAAGUGGGUUCCCUUCUGUGGACUCAGCUCCUCGAGCCUCCUCGUCUACCAAGGUUUCCGUGGGCAGCAAAGAGCCUAAAUCCCAAACUACCGUCAAGGUAGUUGAAGAUUCCAAAGCCUCUAAGCCUACUCCUUCUGCCAUGGUUUACAAAAGAGUUCGACUCCCUCCUACUUUGAGGAAAACCAUGCCGAUGACUGUUAAGAUCAUGUACACUGUAUAA